AUCUGUAGUGGUAUUUAGACGAUGACUUCUAGCGUGGAAUAUUUGUUGAGUCAGUAGUGGUAUGGGCUGCAUGGCUAGCGCACAGAGAAUCGGUGUUAGCACUGGGUCAAGUGUGUCCUGGCCCGACACAACUGGUAGUAAAGGUGAGACGGUGGUGGCCGCUCUGGCAAGAUUGAAUAAGGAGAUCUCAGAAAGCGAGCGUACUUAUCCAGCAGCUAGACUGGCUGUAGUUACCACCGAACUAGAGAGUAUGCAGCAGGAAAUGAAUACAUUCGAAGAGCUUACAACGGAUUUGACGAAAGAGAGUUACGCUAAAACGCUACACCAGAUGUUCGUGAGUCUGGAUUUAUAUCGGCGGCCAUUGCUAGCGUCCGAGAAUGAAGAUUUUGUUGCAAAUGUAAAUCGUAAGGAGAUGCGUCGUCUGGAACUGAACUGGCUCCGGACUCGUUAUUCAGAGUUACAGCGCGAACGACGUGGGCUGCAUGCACAGAUCCUACGUCUGAGAUCUUUGUACACUCAACAACAACUACUAUUGGAAAGUCUUUGGGGCAACGAUCUCCGCCCGGGCACGGCGCAAGAGAGUGCCCUGACUAAGGCGUCGGCGUUACGUGACGCCCUAGCCUCUGUGAGUGCCAAGUUACGGGCGGCUGCGGAGUACGCACACGCUGCCGUCAGACUCCUCGACGAUGCUCUGCCCGCUUGGAAACUCACCUCAGUCGGCAAGAGUGGUUGGGAACGUACAGCGUCCUGUGCUGAUGCCUGCCGACUCCUGGUGCAGGCGCGGUGUCUUGAGCGCGGAGCUCGCAGGGUGCUGGCCGCCCCGGCAGCUCCCCGGGCAGCCAGGACUCUUCGUUUAGCUCUGGACUACGCAUUCACCGAUGUCAUGCACGACCAUAAGUAUGAAAGAGCAACAGAGGUCUUCGUGGAGUUCAAAGAGGCAUUGGUGCAUUUAAUCGAGUCGAUCCAUCAAGUAUUGCUGAACAAUUUAGAAAACCUUGCUGUUGCGGAGAAGGACGUGGCCAAGUGCCGACGAGAACUGCAAGCGGCGAGAGUGAACGCGAUAGUUCACAAAGGCUUAGCGGAGCUGAAAUAUGAACCAAAAGCGUUAACUCGACUCAAGUGAAUGCAAACAACCGUUUAUUGUAAAUAAAUUGUUGCAGAAGUCUGUGCGCUGUUCGCGUGUCACAGGCAUAAUAAAAUUAAAACUAAUUUACGUAUUAAUUUCGAGUUUUUUAUUGUCAUUAUAGUAAAGUGUUAAAGUGAAACUUUAUU